CCGAUAUCUUAUCCGGUGUCCUUAUCACAAUUUCCUAACUUCAAAUAAGCAAUCGCAAUAAUCGCAAUAACCGUAGACAACCUCGUCCCGUUUAAAAUCCUAGCCUCACGUAUUUUUUCAUUCUCGAUAAUCGAAAAAUAGCUAUCGACGCGCGCUCAAGUCACCACCAUCCAUCAUGGAUGCCGCAGCGAUAGAGGAGACGAAUCGCCUCCGCGUUUCUCUGGGCAUGAAACCUUUGCCCGUUCCUGGCGCAAGCGGUCCUCAGUUCAAAGAAAAGACAUCCACGCCCGACGAAGACGUCGGAAGCACCCUUGAGAUCCGAGAAGCAGCCGCGUACGAUAACUACAAAAAGAGCAGAGAUGCUGAAGAGGCCAAGAAGAAGCGUGAAGAGAAAACUGCUGCCAUCAAAAGAGCCCGUGACGCCGCAAAACGUUUCGAGAAUUUACAAGGCAAGGGGCUAGGCGAGGCUGAUGACGAUGAGGUUGAUACCAAGUCGUGGUUGAUCAGUCAAAAGAAGCGCCAAAAGCAGAUCGAAAAGGCGCGGAAGCUAGAGGAGGAACUGGCGGCUGCCGAAGCUGAAGCAGCAGCAGCGAUUAAGUACACGUCCAAGGAUCUUGCUGGUGUCAAGGUCGGACACGAAAUCGGAUUAUUUGAGGAUGGUGAAGAGCAAAUAUUAACACUCAAGGAUACCGACGUUUUGGGAGAGGAGGAGGAAGGUGACGAGCUCGAAAACAUCAAUCUUAGAGAGCGAGAGAAGCUUGACAAGAAGCUCGAAUUGAAAAAGAAGAAGCCCGUAUACGAUCCCCUUGCAAACGACGAGAACGGCGAGCGUAGCCUCCUAGCCCAGUACGACGAGGAAAUCGAUGGCAAAAGAAGCAAGAAGUUUACAUUAGAUGGAUUAGGGAAUACUGUGUUGAGCGAUGAUCUGGAUAAUCAAGCAUACGGUGGACAACGACAAAAGAUCAACCUCGAUCUUUUUACAGAGGACAAACCGGCUUCGGAUUACUUGGACAUUUCAGAAAUCAAAAUCAAGAAGCCCAAGAAGAAGAAGUCGAAGUCGACAAGACAGCGCCCAGUAGACGAGGACGAUAUCUUUCCGUUACCGCCAGCAGAGCCAGAUCAGUCGAUGGACAUAGAUUCGGGUGCCGGUUUCGUCAACAAGAAGCGUAAGACAGACGACACAACAUUCGCUGAUGACGAAGAUCUCCAGGCUACUUUGGCUGCUCAAAGAAGAGACGCCCUAAAGAAGCGCAAGAGGACACGCCCCGAAGAUAUAGCGCGGCAACUACGAGAGGAAGCACAGACGCCAGAAGUUGAUAAUGACGCCAACGGUGCUCAGGAGGGUGGCCUCGUUCUUGAUGAGAUCUCCGAAUUUGUUUCGGGGCUAAAGAAGGAAGAUAUCGAGGACCGCAAACCUCGUAAACCGAAGUCACCUAAAGAUGCUCCGGUCACAGCCAUGGAGGAUGACUCUGAUGAAGACGAGCCGAUGAAGGAUGGGGACGACGAACAUGAUAGAGUUAAGCGCGAGACGUCAGCCCCAGCAGAGACGGCCAUCAUCGGCGUUGAUGAAGAGAAGACCAUAGGGUCUGGCAUCGGCGCAACAUUGCAGCUUCUAAGAGAACGACAGCUCCUGAAGGACUCUGGUGCUGCUGAAUUAAACGAAACGCAGCGUCAGCAUCAACUAUUCGUCGCCGAGAAGAAACGAAAAUUGGCAGAGAUUGAGCAAGACGCCCGCAACCAGCGUGAGCGUGAUCGUAACAGCGGCAGGCUCGACAAAAUGUCAGUACGAGAGAGAGAAGAGUGGGCUCGGCAGCAGAACAAUAUGCGCGACCAGCAGACAUCACGACAGCUAGUCGACCUCUUUAACAAAGGAUAUAAACCCAACGUAGAGCUCAAGUACCACGACGAAUACGGGCGGUCGCUCGACCAGAAGGAGGCAUUCAAGCACCUCAGCCACCAGUUCCACGGCAAGGGAAGCGGCAAGGGCAAGACAGACAAGCGACUCAAGAAGAUCGAGGACGAGAAGCGACGAGAGUCCCAGAGCAUGCUGGAUGCCAGCCAGAACGUCGGCAUGAGCUCAGCCAUGACACAGCAGACGAAGAAGCGGAAGGAGGCUGGUGUCCGACUUGCGUGAUGGCGCUAUAUACGGACAGACUGCGUUAAAAGGUGCUUAUUCCCUUACUUGUACACUUAUCAGUUAGUAAUUCAGAGCUGACACUGGUCUUUUCAAGUCUGAUGUUCUAUGAUGUGC